GCUCCAUAUUUCAGCCUGUCUCUAUCGUCAAGGUCUCUGAAGAAACGGGGUCUAUUCCCGUGUGAAAAUGUUGGCCCCUAGUUCUGAUAACUGCUUUGUCCCUGGGGCAACAUUACAUUCCAAGCAUCUAUUGCAGAUAAUAUUUAGCUCAUACCCAGUGUCUCCUCAAUGCCAACUCUGAUAACGCACAAAAGCCUUGUUUUCAGUAAGAAUGAGAUACACAGACACAGCAGAGACUCAGAAAAAAAAGGAGAUAUUUGAUAAGCAGCGAGAACAUGUACAGUGUCGCAAACGUUAGCAUGAAGUGUGGGCAGGGGUCCUCUACGAGUUGGGAAAUUUGCAGUAAGAUUUAGAGAGACAAUCAGGAAAAGCCAAAGCUGUUUGGGAUGAAAAGAGGCAGAAUAUUCUUGAAGAAGCGGCUGUUCCUCCAAAAGAAUAAAAAACAGAAGUAUCCACGAGCCAACAUAGACAACCUCCCCUCCCAAAAAAAACAAAACAUAACAGAAAAUUAAGGCAGUUAAUCCAGCAUUGCAACAAUACGGUCUAACGAAAUGGACAGAGCAAUAAAGAGAACGUGAGACAGCGAAAUAACUAAAACAUUAACACAGAAGAGCGGAAAGAAAAACAUUUCAACAAGAAAAAGAAUAACAAAUUAUAUAGCGCUAACAUAUUCUGCAGCGCUGAAAAACAGAAGAUACCAAAAAGAUACAGAUCAGAUACAAGGACAGGAGAUAGAAGAGAAGGGGUGGUUAUUGCCUGAAGAGUAAGGCUCUUUAUUGGUUGAAGGUGGCUGGUAAAAGAACAGGCUACAUUGUAGAAAAGAACUAGAAUUCCAUGAUGUUAUUGUCGACCCUCAUUUUGCUUUUGUUGGUGGCCUCAAAUUGCCUUUUGGUGGGUCAGACGUGUGAAAUUCCAGAAGAUGAUCGUUUAUACAUUUUGUCCAAGAUCAAGACCCAGAUUGUAGAUGCACUGGGACCCCCUCCGCCUGUGUCCACACUAUCUUCUCCAAUACCUUCUCCAAGCUCCUGGCCAGCACUGAAGUCAGAGCAGAGGACUAUACGAAAAAGACACAGCAAGAGGCAAAGUGCAGGCCUUGAAGACAGCUCUCAGGUCAUCCUGUUCCCCUCCUCAGGUAUGUACUGCUUAGUAGUUACAACAAGACUUUAUAGGAAACCUAUAUAUUGAAUGUCCUUGUAUGCUUCAGUCAAGCAUUCUAAACUGAAAUCGCUAAAAUUCUGCUAAAAAUAUUUGAAUCGCUCUAUACUAAUCUACUCUACCCUACAAUUAAGUGCACAUCACAUAAAACAAGUGAGUGACCCUUUACACAAAUUUCCCACCUUGAAAUCAUUCCGUCAAUCUGUAGUUGAACUGUUUAACUUUGGUGUCUUUAAAAAGCGAAGGUACAAUGUGUGCUUACUAUUUUAACAUAGAUGAUUACAUGUUAGGGUGAGAUCAUUGUACGUUUACAAAUCUAUCAUUUUAUUAAGAUAAUCCCUGCUGAGCAGCAGCAAGCUUGCGGACACAUGUUGCGUAACUUUAACAAGCGCUCAAAAUAGCGUUUGAGUGACAGGAUGAAUUUGUCUCCGUUUGUACCAAGAUCACUUAUGCAAAUGUUUAAUUCAAGGCUGGGUUAUAAACACUUAAAGCAACACAGUCACUUAUAUUUCCUUUGGGGUAUAUUCACUAAACACCAAAUUCUAGUAAAUUAAAUGUUGGAGAGUUUUUCCAGUCUUAUAUUUUGCCAUUUGAUUUUCAAUGCACUACAAUUCAGCGUUUAGUGAAUAAAGCCCUUAAUAUAAAAUAAUUUAAAGCAAUAUUUCAACUGAAUAAUAUUUUUUUUUAAUGCAACCAAGCUGCAUUAUAUUGAUCAAUCAUUUCCACCUCAGGAUCUGGCAUUUUUUCAGCGUGGACAUUUUCAAACUUUCAGUGACGUUUAUUGAUAUUGAAAAUCCAGCUGAAAGUUGCUGAAGUUAGAAUUUAAUCAAAUCUGAAAUUAGCCGAGAUUUCCCAGAUUUCUGCUGUUGUGAGAAAAUAUUAUCAUUUUUUAUUUCUUGGAUAUUUUGUGACCAUUGUACCCAGAAGAAAGAAACGUAAGCUAGAGAUUUAGUAGUUUGUGAGAUUUUUUUUUUUUCAAAAUAUUGAACAGAAUAAACAAUUAUGAUGGUUUCCAGAAAUUGGCUGCUGAUUAAAUGGACAAUACAAUAUGUUUCAGCAAAUAGGAUUAUUAAUGAUUAAGAGUGCAGAACUGGACAAGCAAUUUUUGGUAAGUUCAUGACAUUAACAUAGCUGUUUUAUUUAUGUAAUGAAAAUAUUAAUUUCAAAAUAAAGGUAAUCAUUUAAUAAAAUAAUUUAGAACAAAGCACCUUAUGUACAAAGAGCAAUUCCAGGGCAAAGAUUCAGGGCAAAGAUUCAUUCAGCAGGGGCAGGCCCGGACUGGCCAUCGGGCACGCCGACCAAAUGCCCAGUGGGACGCGAUGUCCAUUGCUUGAGGCCAGCAGGGGAGGUCACAGGAUCUCCCUGGCCAGUCCAUGCAUGGCCCGCGCUAUCUGAUCAAAGAUCUCCCUCACCAUCCCACAGACAGUGUAAUGAGGCCGCCGGUGGGGGAGGGAGAGGAGGACCAAAGGAGCUCUACCUUGCAUCUCCGCUGGGUUCUUCUUGCGACAUCUGGAGCAUUGCCAUGGCAACGCUCCAGGUCUCGCGAGAGUACACUGUUGCCCCACAGGCUAGAGUUCACUCACCACUAGGACCACCAGGGAUAUCCCUCUCCCCCUACCCCCUACCCCCCCCACACACAGGCUAAAGGUCAGAAGGGAGGGGGGAUAUAAUGCUUGUUUUUGGGGGGCUUUUAUAAAAAUAAAAAAAAACAUAUAUAUUGGCAUUAACCUGCCUCCCCAACACACAAUCCCUCCAAAUACACACAGCAUCCUCUCACACACACACACAUCACCUUCAUACAUCACCCUCACACACACAGCGACCUCACACACACACACAGCAUCCUCACUCACACACACUUCACCCCUCACACACAGCACCCCCACACUCAUACACACACACAGCGCCCUCGCACACAGCACCUUCACUCACACACACAGCACCCUCACACACACUGCACACCUCACACACAGCACCUACACACACAUCAGCCUCACUCACACACAGCACCCUCACACACACACAGCACCCUCACUCACACACACUUCACCCCUCACACACAGCACCCACCCACACACACACACAGCACCCUCACACACAGCACCCUCACUCACACACACAUCACAUCACUCUCACACAGCACCUUAACACACACACACACACACACAGCACCCUCACACACAUCAACCUCACACACAAAAACACACACACAUCACCCUCACUCACACACACUUCACCCCUCACACACAGCACCCACACACACAUACACACACACACACACACACACAGCACCCUCACACACAGCACCCUUACACACACACUUCACCCCUCACACACAGAACCCACACACACACACAGCGCCCUCGCACACAGCACCCUCACUCACACACACAUAGCACCCCCACACACACACUGCACACCUCACACACAGCACCCUCACAUACAUACUGCACCCCCCCACACACACAGCAUCCUACUUCAAGAAGUUCAGCACUUUUUUGGAGUGGGUGGUGAGUCAGGAAGUGGGGAGUCGAGCAUUACUUGGACGACUUUUUGUGCAUGUCUGGGAACUCUUCAUCAUGCCUGCAUUUGUUGCGUACCAUUCAUUGGGUGGCCAGAUUGUUUGGGGUUCCUUUGGCAGUGGGUAAGACAGAAGGCCCCGCUGACUGUAUUUGCUUCCUGGGGCUGGAAAUCGAUUUGGCGAAGGGCGAAUGUCGGUUGCCUCGGGACAAGCUCGAGGUACUUCGGGCUGCGGUGGGGGAAGUGCAUCAGGCCAAGAAGGUCACGCUUCAGGCAUUGCAAUCUUUGCUCGGCAAGCUCAACUUUGCUAGGGGUCAUGGUCAUCUGGUCAGAGAUUAUACUGCGACUUUGGUGGCGGCAUGCAAGGGAAGUGGUGGCGAUUGAUCGUUGUCGUUGUAAGGUAAACAGUUUAAUGGCUAGCUUAAUUUGGAAGUUAGGGGGAUUGUGGUCAGGCACAGGGAACUGGAGAAUAGAUUGACUGGGAUUUGUUAAAUCUGGGGUUUCAAGAAGGGCUUAGCCAGGUGCUGUUUUUGCACGGUGGCAGAGCACAGACGUCUUAAGGAGUCAAGGUCUGAGCUUGUGGUGGGGCUGGUAAAGGGAAGAAAAUGGGGGGAUAGGGACUUUGGAGUUAGAAAAGGAGCAAGGGGUAGGUAAAAAGGAAUGGUGAAAUAGAAUUGGAGUUAUCAGUUGGUUAUGGUGUUGGGAGAUUUAGAGUCCGUAGGUGUUUCAGAACCUCGGAGGGGUGAAGGUAUCCGGGUAUGGGCUGUUAAGAAAAUGUUGGCACUUUAUAUUAUGUCCAUAGGAAACAAUUCACAACGCUUUCCUAUGGACGCUGGCGUCUUCUCACUGUGAAAAUCACAGUGAGAAACGCAGAAGCCCUCUAGCGGCUGUCAAUGAGACAGCCACUAGAGGCUGGAUUAACCCAUUUAUAAACAUAGCAGUUUCUCUGAAACUGCUAUGUUUAUAAAAAAAAAAGGGUUAAACCUAGCUGGGCCAGGCACCCAGACCACCUCAUUAAGCUGAAGUGGUCUGGGUGCCUAUAGUGGUCCUUUAAUCAAUGUAAUAGUUUGUAUCCAAUUAGGUCGGGGGAGGGUGAAAUAAGCCAUCUUUUUACAUUCUCCUACUUAGCAUGCAAUCAGAUAAUUACAAUUGUAAAUUUAGGCAAAAACAGACUAGGCAGAAACAUAACCGGGUUAAAUAAUUUUUUCUAAUUGUAUAAUUUUGUCCUAGUAUUUGCAAGUUCCUUGUAAACCCUCAAGGCUGCUAAUGUGUCUCUUUGGUGCACGAGGUAGUAUUCAGUAACUGCCAUUAGAUGUCGCUAGCGGGUUACUUCUGUGUUACCAGCUUUUACACUUGGGCAUUCUGAGUUCAUUAUUUUAAAUUAGUUAAAUUGAUUUACUUACAUGGGACUACCAUAUUUAAAGGAGCACUAUAGUGUCAUGAAAACAAACUAGUUUUCCUGGCACUAUAGGGUUAUUAGAUCUACCCGACCCUCGUGGCCCCCUGCCGCUUACCUUAAUCCAGCGCCGUGCUCCUUCAGCGCUGGUGACCUCACCUCGUCCUGCCGACGUUGGUGCCGAAUGCUGGAUUAACCCUCGGAAACUGCUAUGUUUUUGGCUGCAGAGUAAAAACUAGGGGGACCUGGCACCCAGACCACUGAACUGGUCUGGGUGCCUAUAGUGGUCCUUUAAGAAUACCACUACCAAUUUAGGGAGCUGUUUUUUUUUGUAGAUAGCUCCCUAGUUUGUUACCCUUAAGGGGUAUCUACUAAACAGUUCCCUACUUUGUUAUGCUUCAUUAUGUGGUGUUGCCAUAUUUAAGGAUACCAAAAUAGGGAGGAAUUAAAAAAAUAUGGCAAUCCCACAUAAGGGUUCCAAACUAGGGAUUUAUCUGCUUAUAUAAACCAUUGAAAGACUUGCUGGCAAUCGGAACAUUCCAUUCGUCCAAAAAGAAAUAAGAAAGCAAAAAUAAUGGACAAAACAUGUAUUAUUUUCAUCACGAUUUGUUAGAAUGAAACAAAUUCCAGGUGGGCAUAAGUCUAUAAGCUAAGGCUAAACCAUCACAUAAAGCUGAAGACAAAUAUUUUGUGACAUUGUCUUCAUUGACUUCAGUUAUUGAGUGCUCGGUGCUGUACGGAAUGUGAGAAGAGGUAAUCAGAAACCUUUAUUACUCUCAGCACAAUAAUGUUCUCUGCACGUUUAAAUAAAUAUUAACCUGUUGUGUGUCGUGAAAAUUUUUAGUUCGGCUGAAUUACUCUUGCUACAAAAACAAAAUGCUUUUGGAUCAGAAGAAUUUUGGCUGAAAAAAACGUUGUGUUGGACUGAAAAAAGUCAACUCCAGAACGGUAAAUUAGUCAAUUAUCAGUAUAGCAAAUGGAAUUACGAAUGUUGGACUUGUAACUUUGAAAUUCAACCAAACAGAUGUGCCCAAAUUCAUACAACAGGUUCAAAACAAAACGAAUCUCCAAGUCUAACAUAUAUAUUUACUUUUUUGUGUAUUUUGUGAUGAAUGUCUUUGAUUUAUCUUGUUCUCCUGUGCUCUUUCUUUUAGAUGUCCUAUGUGAGACCCCAAAUCUUGAUACAUCUCAUGAAGAACUUGGCAACAGUUUUACUUACAUAUUCCGUCCUUCACCUCAUAUCCUGAGUCGCAAAGUCUUGUCAGUACAGCUUUGGUUUUACACAGGAAAUUCUCAAACCCACCCUCCAAAACUGUUGCAAGACACACCUAAAAAUGAACCCACUCUCCUUCAUAGCCUAUCCUCUGCUCAAGUUGAUGAUCACAAGCCUCAGCCACCAACUGAUGGCCCUGUCACCCAGCAUCAAGUGGACAAUUUUCCUGCUUCUUCAUUUAACAUCAGUGGAAAUUAUGACAUACUUCAACACUUGGUGGACCUCCAAGUGCUAUCAGAACACAAAGCAAUAACUGUGGCCACUUCCAGGGUAGAAAGAGUUGAUGACUGGAUUGUCUUUCAUUUGGCACCAGCUUUUCUGAGCUAUGUAACACGGGGUCUAUUCGUCAUGCUGGUCAAUUGCCCAACCUGUCCAUGUACCAACGAGCCUGAAUAUACCCCGUUCCUUAUGUACACUACUCAGCCCUCUCAUCGGAGUCGAAGAUCCAAGGUUCCCUGGUCUCCAUCUGCUCUGGAAUUGCUGCAACGUCCUGCAGGUUCAGGCAUCGAGAGCGCCCAUUGCCAUCGUGGCUCACUCAAUAUAUCAUUCGAGGAGCUAGGAUGGGACCAGUGGAUUGUACACCCUGGUAGCUUCCAGUUUCACUAUUGCCAUGGCACCUGUUCCCCAAGCCAUGGUUUGAGCCAAGCUCUCCACUGGGGCCACUGCUGUGCCGCACUUCCAAGUACAAUGAAGUCAUUAUGGGUUACCACUACAACAGAUGGUGGAUUCUCGUACAGAUAUGAGACGGUGCCUAAUCUGCUGACUCAAGACUGUGCCUGCAGUUAGAGCCAAUAGCUCACGUUAUGAAGAUGACCUCUCUAAGUCCAACAGCAGCGCCCCUGCCUGUGCUGCAUUAGCCUUCCGUUAUCAAGAGUUUUCAAAAGGCUUAAGGACAAGGGCAGAGCAAUCUGGCAUUGGAGCUCAGAUUUUGGGGUUAAACCUUUCAUGGUUUAACACCUAAAGUUAAGCCAGCGUCAGAGACCUCUUGCCAUCAUAACAACUUAAUUUCUAUAAAAAUAAUCGAACUGAAAAAAAUUCUCCAAGUCAGCUUGGCUGCAGUUUGGCUAUUUUGGUAGUUAAAAAUAACUGUGAAUGAAUACUAAAAAAUAAACCCCAAAAAGCUAUACAAUAUAAUAUACAUACUGCUCUUACUGUACCUCCCUUUACUGUAAUGUCACAUGUAAAGUGCUGAGUACACCUGUUAGCACUAUAUAAAUAAAUUAUACAUAGACUGUAUAUCUACUGUACUGUCACCUGUAAAGUACUGAGUACACCUGUUAGCACUAUAUAAAUAAAAUAUACAUACACUGUAUACCUACUGCACUUACUGUACCUCCCUCUACUGUAAUGUCACCUGUAAAGUGCUGAGUACACCUGUUAGCGCUAUAUAAAUAAAAUAUACAUACACUGUAUACCUACUGCACUUACUGUACCUCCCCCUACUGUAAUGUAACCUGUAAUGCUGAGUACACCUGUUAGCGCUAUAUAAAUAUACAUACACUGUAUACCUACUGCACUUACUGUACCUCCCUCUACUGUAAUGUCACCUGUAAAGUGCUGAGUACACCUGUUAGUGCCAUAUAAAUAAAAUAUACAUACACUGUAUACCUACUGCACUUACGGUACCUCCCCCUACUGUAAUGUAACCUGUAAUGCUGAGUACACCUGUUAGCGCUAUAUAAAUAAAAUAUACAUACACUGUAUACCUACUGCACUUACUGUACCUCCCUCUACUGUAAUGUAACCUGUAAAGUGCUGAGUACACCUGUUAGUGCUAUAUAAAUAAAAUAUACAUAAACUGUAUACCUUCUGCACUUACUGUACCUCCCUCUACUGUAAUGUAACCUGUAAAGUGAUGAGUACACCUGUUAGUGCUAUAUAAAUAAAAUAUACAUACACUGUAUUCCUACUGCACUUACUGUACCUCCCCCUACUGUAAUGUAACCUGUAAUGCUGAGUACACCUGUUAGCGCUAUAUAAAUAAAAAAAUACAUACUCUGUAUACCUACGGCACUUACUGUACCUCCCUCUACUGUAAUGUAACCUGUAAAGUGCUGAGUACACCUGUUAGUGCUAUAUAAAUAAAAUAUACAUAAACUGUAUACCUACUGCACCUCCCUGUACUGUAAUGUCACAUGUAAAGUGCUGAGUACACCUGUUAGCGCUAUAUAAAUAAAAUAUAACUACACUGUAUACCUACUGCACUUACUGUACCUCCCUCUACUGUAAUGUAAUCUGUAAAGUGCUGAGUACACCUGUUAGUGCUAUAUAAAUAAAAUAUACAUACACUGUAUACCUACUGCACUUACUGUACCUCCCUCUACUGUAAUGUAACCUGUAAAGUGCUGAGUACACCUGUUAGUGCUAUAUAAAUAUAAUAUACAUACACUGUAUACCUACUGGACUUACUGUACCUCCCUCUACUGUAAUGUAACCUGUAAGGUGCUGAGUAUACCUGUUAGCGCUAUAUAAAUAUAAUAUACAUACACUGUAUACCUACUGCACUUACUGUACCUCCCUCUACUGUAAUGUAACCUGUAAGUGCUGAGUACACCUGUUAGCGCUAUAUAAAUAUAAUAUACAUACACUGUAUACCUACUGCACUUACUGUACCUCCCUCUACUGUAAUGUAAUCUGUAAAGUGCUGAGUACACCUGUUAGUGCUAUAUAAAUAUAAUAUACAUACACUGUAUACCUACUGCACUUACUGUACCUCCCUCUACAGUAAGUACACCUUUUAGCACUAUCCAUAUAUCUAUUUCUCUCGGUUUCUACAUUACCCUUUAAAAGGUUCUGAAAUGUUACUUUUAUUCCGUACACGACAUCAUUAGUAAUCCUGAGUCUUGCUUCACAUUACCAGGAAACCUAUUCAUAUAAUCCACUACAGAUAUUCUGUGGAAAUCUAUUUACAGACUACCACGAUAUUUGUAAUAAUAAAUGGUGAUUGGUAAAUUUUUACAUAAGGCAGUUGUUUUAUUUUUGUCCUGGAGACCUGCUUUGUGCCUCCUGCAGACUGCACAGGCUGGGGGUCUCUGCCCUUUCUGUCAGAUGUAAGUUUAAUCAUUCGUGCUGUAACUAACUGACUGAUGCUUUAACACAAUCUACCAAUAAAAGACUUUGAGACACA